UACACUUCAAACCGAUUUAUAUUCAUAAAAGUUAUUCAGGGAAGUUUUGUGAAUAUAUUGAGUUUGCUCAUGGUUAUAGUUUACAUAUUUGAUUGGUAUUCACUUUCAUUCACUUUCAUUCUUCGUAUCAAACUUUCUCGGGUAUGCUCACUUCCUCCUGGAUGACCUACUUUUUGGGAAACUUUUAGAUGCAAGUUUGACUGCUCAGCAUGGCCUCUGAAGUAACAAUGGAGUCCGUAGAAGGUCCACAUGCUCCAUUGGUAUACACACCAUCAACAGGUCUCGUAACUGACCCCCGGGAGAAAAAGACAUGGGCUCAGUUCCGCGAGGCUGUCAGAGCUACCAAAAAACAACAAGUAAAUAUGGUGAAUAAAGUGCCACAUACAUUUACAUAUAGGACCAUAGAGACACCUUUAGGUCCACGAACAAGGCUAUAUUUUCUUGGAGUCCCUCCGGGACAGCGUAGAGAGAACACAUUAUUAUAUGUAGAUGUUCCCUGUGGAGUUACUGCUAUAGAUUUAUCAAAGCCCUUAGAAUGGAAAAACUUACUGGAAACAUUUAGUGCCACUCCACUUCUUGGACAAUACACAAAAGAAGAGCAGCUUUUGAGAGAAAGAAAACGUCUUGGACAUUUUGGAAUCACAUCUUACAAUGUUGAUACCACUAGUGGGAGGUUUGUGUUUCCGGCAUGUAACAGUCUGUACACAUUUGUUGACUCUGUAGGCUCAGAUGGACAAUUUCAGACAAAUCCUGUAUUCCCAACUGAGGUGAUAAGCUCUGCCCUGGGGGUGAGGCUUGACCCACAGCUGUGCCCACACAACCCUCAUCUCCUGGCCUUCAUUAACAACAGUGAUGUCUGGGUGACAAACAUCCUCACUGGGGAGGAGCGACGACUCACAUUUGCUCAUAAAGGUUGCAAGAAUAUAGCUGAAGACCCAAAGAGUGCUGGUGUUCCAUCAUUUGUGGUUCAGGAGGAGUUUGAUCGCUACACAGGCUACUGGUGGCAACCUUGCAAAACUACAGAUGAUGGGACAUAUAGGGUCUUGUACGAGGAAGUGGAUGAAUCUGAAGUUGACAUUCUCCACAUUGUGUCUCCAGAUGAACAUUCAGUAGAUGAUUAUAGAUAUCCCAGAGCAGGUACUGCUAAUGCCAAAUGCAUCUUGAAGAUGUUAGAGUUCAGUGUCAACGAAAAUAGGGUGUGCAAUGUUAAGGAACUCCACAUGAAAGAAGCUCUUAGUCACAUGUUCCCAUGGUUGGAAUACAUUGUUAGAGCGGGCUGGACUGCGGAUUCAAAAUAUGUUUGGGCCCAGAUCCUCUCCAGAAACCAAGACAGGUUGGCUUUAGUGCUCAUCUCCCCUGACAACUUCACCAUGGAUGCUUAUGAUAUUGAAAUGCAGGAAUUUGACCAGCAAUCCUCAAACUCUGGGGUCUAUAUGAUAUACCAGGAUACCUCAGACAUCUGGAUUAAUGUAUCUGAUAUUUUACACUUCUUCCCUCAAAUAAGUUCCAAUGAAAUCAGUUUCAUUUGGUCAAGUGAAAAAUCUGGCUUCCGUCAUCUAUACCAUGUGACCUCAAAUCUUGAACUGGUUGGUUAUCGUGUUGACGACAAGACACAUGACAAUGCAGAGGGUAGGGAUCCAGUCAGUAGCCUUGAUGCAGAUUUCAUGUUCUCUGGUAUUUCUAGUAAACCAAGUAUAAAACAAGAGCUGGCCUUAACGCAUGGGGAUUGGGCAGUUACAGAUAAGAUCUGGGUUGAUGAUAAAAAGAAUCUGUUAUAUUUUACUGGAACAAAAGAUACACCACUUGAGUCACAUUUAUAUGUAUUGGAUCUUGAAUGUCCAGGAAGUGCAAUAACUCGUCUUACUCAACUAGGUUUCUCUCAUAAUGUCUGCCUAGAUCAGCAUUGUACAUCUUACACCAGUGUAUUCAGUAGUAUAGCAGAGGGCCCCCGUUGUCACAUACUGAAGAUUGAAGUGAGAGAUGCCAACCACAUAGCAAGUCCAGUGUCAAGUUUGCUAGAUCUUCCAGAAGAUAGUAAUGGUUACAAGCCUGGUGAACUGUUUAGUUGCCCCAGUAAGAGUGGAGAUACUUUCUAUGGCAUGGUCUACAAACCACACAAUUAUAUACCAGGUGAGAAGUACCCUACAGUAUUAUAUGUCUAUGGUGGCCCACACACACAACUGGUCACCAACUCAUAUAAAGGACUUAGGUUUCUAAGGCUUCAUAUGUUUGCCUCCCUGGGAUAUGCUGUAGUGGUCUUAGAUUGCAGGGGCUCCUCUAAUAGAGGAGUAACAUUUGAAAGUCAUUUGAAAGAUAAAAUGGGCACUGUAGAAAUAGCUGAUCAGGUUGAAGGAUUACAUUGGAUUGCUUCCCAGGUUGGCUACAUUGACAUUGGGAGGGUUGCAAUACAUGGCUGGUCAUAUGGCGGCUAUCUGGCCUUGAUGGGGCUUAGUCAGCGGCCAGACAUAUUUAAGCUCGCAAUAGCGGGUGCUCCUGUGACGUCUUGGGCUCUCUAUGACACUGGCUACACUGAGAGAUACAUGGGGACCCCCCAGACUAAUAGCGAACCUUACAAGGCUGGCUCUGUACUGGAGUAUGUAGACAAAUUCCCAAAUGAGGAGAACAGGUUGUUGAUAGUCCAUGGCCUUAUAGAUGAAAACGUCCACUUCCUCCACACUAGCAGUUUUGUCAAUGCACUGGUGAAAGCCUGCAAGCCAUAUACACUUCAGGUGUACCCAAAUGAAAGACAUGGCAUCAGGAACCCUGAGGCUAGUGAACAUUAUGAAACAAUGGUGCUCAGUUUUCUUCAGCAACAUUUAUGAUCAACCCUCUAAUUGGAAAUACUUUGUGCUUGUCAUUGGUCAUGUUUUAAGAGGAAAUAGAAUGGAAAAGAAUGGAAUUGACAAGGAAAAGAAUGGAACACCCUAAAUCGUAUGGAAAUCCAAGAAAAUUGGUCACCUCAUUCAAAAUUUAGAGAAAAUGAAGUAGACUCAACAUGAUAUGUCAUACAACUAGUAUUUUGGAAUUUUGGAACAAUAGAGAAGAAAAGAGUGGACCCAUCAAUAAAGAAGAUAUGAAGAAAUCAAGUGUAAUAACAAUGCUAAGUAUGAUUGAAGGGAGACAGAUUGCAUCCAAUUCAUGGGAUAAUUUGACCCACACUCUUGAAAGGCAUUACAUAUGACCUUUGACCUUCUGCAUGAUUC